AUGUCAAUCGAUUGCAAUUUAUCACCUACCAUUGAACCAAUUCGUCAAUUAUUUACAAAUAAAUUAUUACAGAAACCAAUAAAAUAUAAAAAUAUUCAAAUAGAAGCCUAUGAAGCAUGUAUGAAAAGUAUACAAAAUAUUCAAGAUCAAUAUAAUAUUGAUUUAAAUCAAUUAAAUACAUUAAAUUCAAUCAUAAUUAAUGAUAAAUCCUAUUGGAAAUGGGAAAUAAUUAAUUCAACUAUUGAAUAUAUACCAUCAUUUUAUUAUCAUCAAAAUUAUGAUCGAUCUAAUAAAAUGAUAAAUAAUCAUCAUCAUAAUAAUAAUCAAUUCAAUAAUCAAUAUUCAAUGAUAAUUCCAUCAACUCCAUGCAAAAAAUCAAAUCAAAUUGAUCGAAAUCAUCAUACAAUCGAUAAUAAUGGAAUAUAUAUUAAAGAUCAAUUCACUUGUAAACAAUCUAUUCCAUUGAAUAAUGAAAUGAAACAAAUAACAUUACAUAAUAAUCAAUCAUGUAAUUUAUUUACACUAUGGCAACCAAAAAUAAAACGUGAAAAUUAUAUUCAUUUAAACAAGAAUCAAUUAACAAAUAAAUUAAAAAAUCAAUCCUCUUUCAUAAAUUAUCGAUCUAAAAGUUUAGAUCAUUAUUCAAAUCAUUUAAUACAAUUAAAUCAAUUAAAUCAAUAUCAUAAAACGAAAAUAAAAAAUCAAUUUUCUUCAUGUAUUGAUCUUUAUCAAAUGAAUAAUAAACAAAUAAAAAAUCAAUAUGAAACCAUCGAUUCUCUAUCAAAAGAAAUUAAUAGAAAACCAAAAUAUGAACAUAUGAUUAAAAAAUCUAAGCAAAAAAUAAUCAAUAAUCAUUUAUUGAUUACAUGAAAUAUAAAAUCGAAUAUUAUGGUUUCUACUACUACUACUUAAAUGACGAUAAGUGACUACAAAACUGACUUAUCGAAUGUACAAUAUUCAAUAGUGACCUUCGAGGAGAUCAUUAUCAUUAUUAUUUAUCUUACUAUUACUGCUAAUAAUAAUAAUAAUAUUCUUAUUAUUAUGUACCAAUUGUUUUAA